AUGCAGUUCCGGAGCACGAAGGCGAUGGGACAGGACCAGACAAAGCAGCAGAUAGAAAAAGGACUCCAGCUGUAUCAGUCCAGUCAGACGGAAAAGGCCCUUCAGGUCUGGCUGCGGGUUUUGGAAAAGAGCACAGAUCCAGCUGGCAGGUUUCGAGUCCUGGGUUGCCUCAUCACUGCUCACUCGGAGAUGGGCAGGUACAAAGAUAUGUUAAAGUUUGCAGUCAUGCAGAUUGACACUGCCCGAGAACUGGAGGAUCCUGACUACCUUACUGAGAGCUACCUGAAUUUGGCACGGAGCAAUGAGAAGCUCUGUGAAUUCCCCAAAACUAUCUCCUAUUGUAAGACCUGCCUGAACAUGCGAGGUACAACACUGGGCCUGCAACUAAAUGGCCAAGUCAACCUCAGCAUGGGCAAUGCCUACUUUGGCCUCAGUAUCUUCCAAAAAGCUCUGGAGUGUUUUGAGAAAGCUCUACGGUACGCACACAACAAUGAUGACAAGAUGCUGGAGUGUCGUGUCUGUUGCAGUCUAGGAAAUUUCUACACACACCUCAAAGACCAUGAAAAAGCUCUGUUUUUCCCAUGCAAGGCAGCAGAGCUGGUGAAUGAUUAUGGAAAAGGCUGGAGUUUGAAGUACCGAGCCAUGAGCCAGUUCUACAUGGCUGUAGCCUAUCGGAAGCUGGGGCGCUUGCCAGAUGCCAUGGAAUGCUGUGAGGAGUCAAUGAAGAUUGCCCUUCAGCAUGGAGAUCGUCCUUUGCAAGCACAGUGCCUGCUUUGCUUUGCUGAUAUCCAUCGCAGCCGUGCAGAUGUACAGACAGCUUUUCCCCGCUAUGAUUCCUCCAUGAGCAUCAUGACUGAGAUUGGAAACCGUCUGGGACAAGUUCAGGUGCUACUUGGUGUAGCCAAGUGCUGGCUGAUUCAAAAGGACCUCGACAAGGCAUUAGAAAAUAUCGACAGGGCUCAUGAGCUGGCAGAGGGAUUAGGAAACAAACUCUGCCUGCUGAAAGUUCAUUGCCUAUGUGAAGGGAUCUAUCGCACAAAGGGUCAGCAGAGGGAACUUCGUAAUCAUGUGGUGAAGUUCCAUGAAUGCGUUGAAGAAAUGGAACUCUACUGUGGCAUGUGUGGUGAAUCCAUUGGUGACAGAAACCACCAGCUCCAGGCAUUGCCCUGCUCCCAUGUCUUCCAUUUAAAGUGCCUGCAGACUAACGGAACACGAGGUUGCCCCAACUGCCGGCGUUCAUCAGUUAAACCAGGGUUUGUGUGAUCUGCUGAUGAAUUGAUGACUUAAGAAAAUUCAUCCAUUAGGUGUGAAAAGACAGAGCACUGGAGCAGUUCUGUUACAGGAUCUAGAGAUGAAACCCAUCAUAUAGAUACAAAAUCUCCUGCAGAAUUGAUGGGAAAAUGCACACCUAGAUCUUUGUCAUCUCCUUUCACACAUCUGAGUUG